GCCAGAAUUAGCUUUAAUAUAGCUAAGUUGUCAACAGUGCUGCAGAUGCAACGAUGUGCGUGUGUGGUGCGUAAGUGAAAUUCAAUUUGUGCAAUUAAAAUAAACAAUUACAUUUUAGACAAUCGUGUAAUAAACAGCUUCAAAAACAGUCAACAAAAAUAAAAUCAGUGUGUAGUGCGUAAUUAGAAAACAUUCACAAUCACACAGUACAUAUACAGAGACAUAUACAUAACGUAACAUGUGUGAGCGCGAGUGAGAGCAAACGUCAACAUGACAGCAACAACAACAGCAGCAGCAUUAGAGUAAAAGAGAGCCCCCAGCCAGCUGUGCAGGUCGUCGUGGUCGAUUUCUGUUUUUAGGCUCCCCCAAAAAGGAACAAAAAUUUUCAGUCAAAAUUUUGUUAUUUACAUUCACCUUAGAAUUGACGAGUGUCACAGAUUAAAUAUUUUGAGAAAAAAUUGUUCGUUAUUGAAUUGAAAGUGCGCUUAAGUGUGAAGUACAAUUGUUAUGCAGAUAUUAAAUCUGUACAAACUCAAGUGCAUCAUUUUAGACAAACUGCGUCACACUUGGACAUUUGUUAUAUUUGUCGCCAAACUGCUCGACAGUUAUUAUCGAAAAGCGAUCAAUCAGCAGCCCCAACAUAAUAACAACAACAACAACAAUAACGUAAUGGAACAGGAGAUACAAGAGGAGCUGCCCGAGGAGCAGCAGCAACAACAACAGCAGCAGCUAGAGCAGGCACAAGCUGAUUUUGUGGCACGUUUCAAUGCAAUUGCCGAGCCAAUGGAUGCCAGCGACAUGGAGAACGAGGAUGCCGAUGAUGAAAUCGAUGUGGAUGACGAUGUUGAUGACGAUGACGUCGACGACGAUGAGAAUUAUGUAAGCGAAGAGGAUGAAUCAGAUCCCGAGUUGGAGGAAAUGUAUUCAGAUGGCGACUGGACAACAUCGAACGAUGAGAGCGAAAUGUCCACAACCAUAUCGAAUGUAGGUCUGGUCGGACAAUCGGAGCCAGCUCGUCCCAUGUACACGUUCCAGCCAGCGCGAUUGGUCAAGUGCCAGUUCAAGGAAAAGCAUAACAUUGGCGGAUUCCCCUUGGCACGCAGUGGCCAUCGAAUUAUUGCAUCGAAAUCGCAUCUGUAUUCGCUGGGCGGUUACAAUCCGCGCAGUGCGCUAAUUGCCGCUCGACGCGGCAGGUGCCUAUUGUUCCAGGAGCUCUGGAGUUACAAUUUUGCCACAAAUCGCUGGAAAUUGGAAUUAAAUGCUGACAAUGCCAGCAAUAUGCCCACUGAGUUGGCCUCAAAUGCGCUUGCCAUUCACAAUGAUGUGCUGAUUUCACAUGGCGGCACGGGUUAUCCGUUUGGAGAGUCGUGUUCGAAUGAUUGCUACGUGUAUCGCACCAGCGAUGAGAGGGCCGGUGUGGAGCGUUUGAAGGUUAGUGGGGAUUUGCCCACGGCUCAGUAUGGUCCAGGCAUUGUCAUACACAAGCAUUAUCUGUACACGAUUGGAGGAACGACAGGCUUUGAUUACUCCUGCGAUGUGUACCGUCUGGAUCUGCGCACAAAGGUGUGGGAGAACGUUUACAUAUGCCGCCCAGAGAUGCGUGACGAUCCGGAGGGUCGUUACCGCCACGAGGUCGUCUAUGAUGGCAAACACAUCUUUGCCCUUGGCGGUGGUACUUCGAAUUCGGUGUUCGAUCUGCAACGUAUACCGGCAUACAAUCUGGAUGCAAAUAAAUGGGAUUACUUUGAUACACUGCCCGAUCGGAGUAGUAUGGCCUGGAGCCAGAAUGAUAAGGGUUAUCCGAAGCCGAGAAAAUGCUUCUCUUGUGUGCAGCAUCAGUCGUCGAAUGGCGACAUUGAAGCUUUUAUCACUGGUGGUCUGCAGGGUGACUUCUCAACCUAUUUCUCCGAUAUCUGGAAGUUGAAUUUACGCACCAAGCAAUGGACCAUCAUUCAGACGGCCAGUUUACCGCGUCCCUUGUACUUUCACUCGGCGGCACACUCGGACAAUGGCUGCAUGUACAUCUUUGGCGGGAUUGAGUAUAACGACAAGGAGAUGCGUCGUCGGAAUGAUCUCUACAAGAUGUGGAUGACCAUACCAAAGCUAAGUGAAAUGUGCUGGGAUGCCAUCACUUAUUACAAUGAAAAUCUCGAUCAGUACGAUCGCAAGGCAUUGCUAAGUGCUGGCAUACCCAAGAGGUUCACCGAACGUCUACCGCCUCAGACUUUUGAUAGCGAUAACCAGCCGGGCACAUCCCUUGUGACAUCACUGUAUUCGAUUGCGAAACGUGCCCGAUCCCAAAUGCAAUAAUAGGCUAACCAUGCAUCAAGCAUCAAAUCCCCCAAUCCCUGCCCAAAUAAAGUUGUGAAUUGAUAAUGUGUACUGAGUGGUUGCUCCUGUGUUGCAGUUACGUUUGUUAUUCGGUUUAUUGUUUCAAAUACGAGAAUGGUUAUGAAAAUAACAAACCACAUAAAAAUACAUUAAUUAGUUUUGAGCGCGCGCUGUGAUCGAAUACGAAAAGGACAUUUAUAUUUAUACUACAUACAUAUAUAGUACAUGUGUGUAUUUUGAUAUUUCGUAGACUCGAGACUCGUUGAAAGGCGGUGGCAUGUUAAGCAUGUAAAUAAGACGUAUGUAAUUAAGUUUAGAUAGCGGAUCGAUAGUACGACAAGACAUGAGGCAAUUUCUAUGAAAAAUUUCAAAAACAAAAUAUAUAUAUAUCAAGUAACUGAAGAACAGCCAGCGCACAAUCUACAAUCCACAACCUAGAAUCCACACUUCAUAAAUAUAUCUAACAUACUUAUAAUACCAGUAUGUUCUUCCAAGUAUUGCUGUUUUUACCACCCCCUGGCACUCUCACCCCUCUUCCACUCACCAAUACCGACUUUCAUCAUCCCUUGCUGCACUUGCAGAAAGUUACAAGCACGCAACCUUGAAGGCUACACCAAACAACGUCAUAUAGAGGAAGUAUGAGCAAAGGAAAAGGCAGGUUGUUUACGAGAACGAGAAAGAGAACCGAGAACGUUUCUUCUGGUGCUCUCGCAAACUGCUAACUGCCCAAUAGCAAUGUACUUCCAAUGUAUUUUUUUGUCAACGUGUACAUAAUAUUUAGACGUAGUAAUAUUUAAUUAAUCUAAGAUUACGUCUUUAUUGUGGUAUCUUGAAAGGCACUAAACCGAGCCUGCCCAAUAUAAAAAAGUUUGCUCGAUAUUAUACAUAUAAAUAUAUAUACAUGCAUAUAUAUUAGCCCAGGCUACAUUUGGUUGACUUUAAGUUAAUAAAGUUUUUAAUGUAACAA